UGUCGCCAAGCCUGUGAUCUGACGCUAGCAGCGCGACACCAGUCCGCUGUCGCGUGCCCUCUUGCUUCUCUGAGAGCACGGUGGCAAUCUACUGGGCAGGAGGGCACGCGAGCUUUUUCCUCUUUUGCACUUCUUCUGCGUUCCUUGAACAAGGAGUUUCCGAGAUUCCUUGGUAGGGUAGCGUUCGGUAUACCUCUCUGGCGACCGAGGCAAGCGGCCAAGCUUCCUCCGGAUGGUUUUUUGGAUAAGCUCCGUCGGUCAGAUUUUUGGCGUUGGGCGAUAGCGCUGCACGAGUCACGAAGUGAAGCUCUGCCAGAAGGUGUGAGCCCCAGCCAAGACUGA